GUGGUGAUAAAAUGUAACAACUGCCUGCCAUACAGGAAUGUCCUGAUGUUCACGGAAGUACUGACGUGUUCCCACGAGAAGUGGCUAGUAUAGCUAGCUGGGUAGAGCCGGGUAGUGACUAAGAGGCCAUAUCAGGAUGUCAGAAGGGGACAGUGUUGGAGAGUCAAUCCAUGGGAAACCAUCUGUAGUUGCUGCCUUUUUCACAGGGAUCGGACAGCUCUAUCAGACAUGGCUUGACAGAUCAACACCCUUCUAUGCAGUGCGAUGGGCGCUCACUUUACUACUUACUGCAAUCUACAUGAUCAGAGUGUACAUACUACAGGGUUGGUAUAUAGUAACAUACGCUUUGGGAAUCUACCACCUCAACCUGUUCAUUGCGUUUCUGUCGCCAAAAGUGGAUCCUUCAUUACUUGAUGAAGAUGAGGGCCCAUCCCUUCCGACCAAGCAGAACGAGGAGUUCCGCCCUUUCAUCAGGAGAUUGCCUGAAUUCAAAUUCUGGCACUCUGCGACAAAAGGCAUCGUCAUCGCCAUGAUUUGCACGUUUUUCGAGGCCUUUAACGUUCCAGUGUUCUGGCCAAUACUCGUAAUGUACUUCAUCAUGCUCUUUUGCAUCACCAUGAAGAGGCAGAUUAAGCAUAUGGUCAAGUACAGAUACCUGCCCUUCACACAUGGGAAGAGGACAUAUAAAGGCAAGGAAGACACAGGGAAAACUUUUGCUAGUUAGGAACUCCACCUCACCCUUGCCUCAGUCUCAUUUGAAACACAUUCAUCCCAGCUAAAAGGGAGUGAUGAAGAGUAGAGAUUAUUUUUCUUUCUUUUUUUUCUAAGAUGGACAGUAACAUUGAAACGUAACGUGAAAAUUAAAGUUUUGAUCCAUAAAUGACAGUGUUGGGUGAAAAUAUGAGCAUGGAUCAACAUAGUCAUUUGCUCAUUUUUUUUUCUUUAAGAUUGGUUUGCAUUAGUAGUUAAAUGUUAAUUUUACCCUCUGCAUUUUAUUCAAUAAGAUAGAUGAAUGUUAUUUAUAAGGACGAACUAAACUAGAAUAUCAUUAAAGUCAAAUUUUCUCUUUUCUGAUUCUUUCUGAUGGUUGCUGUUUUAUCUCCCAUCUUAGUCUGCCAACUUUGAAUUAAUAUGUUCUUCCUGCUUAUUUGUAACACAUUCAGUUGUACAUUAUGAACAACACAAGUUUGUUUGCAAAAAUAUGUAAUUAGAUAUUAAAUUUGAUUAAAGGAAAAAAAAAUCUUAAAGAAACAUUAAAUGUUUUGGAUCUCAGUAUCUGCUGCUUUCACAUACGUUUUUUAGAUGAAUAUCAAAUGAAGUUGCCUGGAAGUGUUUAGAAACAUUGGAUUUUAAUAUGCAUUAAUUUGUCUCAAAAAACAUUGAUGCGUGAAUUUUUCAGUUAAAAUGAUGUGGUUUUGGUUUGGUUUUAGGAGGGGUACGUUUGGUUGUGCAGGUUUUUUUUUGUAAUUUGACUCUAAAAUAGACUAGGUGUUAAUGUUUAAUAUUAUUUUACUUUGUCUGGGGGCUCAAUAUUUAUGAAUGCAUAUUUCAAGGAAUCUCCUUUUGUCUGUUAUCUACAUUAAAUCUGCUGGUUUUAUGUUUAUAAGCUUUCAACAUUAAGCCUUCAAAUGGGAAAUUUUCAUAACUUUACUACAUAACUCUUUGACUUCCAUUAUUCUUUAUAUUUAAAAAAAAAAAAGGACAGUUUUCCUCCAAAGUGCAUAAUCAGUAUUUGUUGAAAUUGAGUUCAAUUCCAAAGUGUCUGUUCGCUUUGAAGCAUUUUCCCAUGUGCUCCAAAGUUCAGGGUUAUUUUAGUUUUUGCAAACUGUUGUUGCCCUUUAAAAUCUGCUUUAUCCUAAGGAGAAAAAAAAGGUUAAGUCAUUCCAAGCAAACUGUUGUUCUCUUUCUUUUGCAGAGGAAACAUAGGACAACAGAUUGACCCCUUUUAAUAAAACAAAUGGAUGAAGUUGGUGGCGAUCGUACAUUUUUUCUAUGAACCUUUUGAUUUUUUUUUUCCUCGUAACAAAGUGCUAGUAAUCUGUCAAUACUAAACUUUGAGCUACACUGUAGUAAGGGAUCAUCACAUUUUCCUGUAAAAAUAUUGUGUUUCAAAGGGUUGUCUGGAUUUGUGUAUAUACAGUAUAUAUAUAUUUUAAAAUAUAAUUUUUGUUUUGAAACUAAAAUCUCUUUAAUUUUUUUUCAUCCACCUUGUAAUUUCCCCGUAUUAAAAUCCAUUACAGCUCAAA